AUGGGCAUUGGAAAUGAGAGGGGCAGAGAACAGGGGGCUGGUAGAGAGCAGGGAAUAAAACCCACUUCAGCACCGCAGGCGGAACAGCAGCCGGAGGAACGCGGCGCUGCCGCCGGCCGGCCCCGCACCCCCGGCGGCUGCGGCCGGGCAGCGGGAUGCGCGGGAAACCGGGGGCUGCCCGAACCACGGGGAAUUGUCGGCAUCUUCCCUUUGCCUUUCCGUGAGGGCUGCCUGCUUGCUGGGAGCGUUGCAGUGGCCAGCGCACAUCCCUGGGAGCGGCUCCUUCCAGCAGCUCGGCACAGAGCCGGCUGUCGGGAGCCGGCGGUGCGACGGGUCGGGACGGUGAAAUCGCUUCGCUACCGACUGGCGGAGUUAAACGCGGCGGUAGCGAUCACCGCAUCGGCCCCACACGGGCAGAACCGCUCACAUCUGCUCCUCCGCAGUCCGACACAAACAAGGAGUUUUUCCGCCUUAUUUCUAUUAUUUUUAUUUUUCUUUUGGUUGUUUUGGAAUUUUUUUGUUGUAGUUUUUCUGCCUCUUCCAGCACCGGAGACCCGCCGCGGCCGCAGACAAGCACCGGAUCUCGCAGCCUCCAGGAGCGGGGUCCAUCCUUCCGCACGGUGCCUGCCCGGCCGGUUAUUCCCCGGUUAUUCCUUUC